UGGCCAGACUCCCAGCAUGCAGCGGGGGUUGGCAGGACCGGCCCGCUUGGCUUCUCUCCGCCGCCCCAACCCCAAGCCGAAUUCGAACCCGCCGCCGGGGGCCAUGGCCGAGGCGCCGCCCGCCCAGCCUUCCGAGAAGGGCUCGCUGCUGUGUUCCUCGGAGAUCUCCCUGUGGACCGUGGUGGCCGCCGUGCAGGCCGUGGAGCGCAAGGUGGAGGCCCAGGCGGCCCGGCUGCUGAGCCUGGAGGGCCGGACGGGCUCGGCGGAGAAGAAGCUGGCCGACUGCGAGAGGACGGCGGCCGAGUUCGGGAGCCGGCUGGAGGGCAAGUGGGCCGUGCUGGAGACGCUGCUGCAGGAGUACGGGCUCCUGCAGAGGAGGCUGGAGAACAUGGAGAACCUGCUCAGGAACAGGAACUUCUGGGUCCUCCGCCUCCCCCCGGCCACCAAAGGCGAGGUCCCCAAGGGGCCGGUGGCCAUCGAGAACGACGGGGCCUACUUCUCGGAGCAGGAGUGGGAGAACCUGGAGGAGUGGCAGAAGGAGCUCUACCGGAACGUCAUGAAGAGCAACUACGAGACGCUGGUCUCGCUGGACUGCGCCCUCCCCACCCUGGAGCUCCUGCCCCCGCAGGCCAGAGGGGAAGACCCGGUGGUCCCCGAGGAGCUGGGACACUUGGAGGAAAGGGAGAGUCUCGCGGGCCCCCGCCUGGUGGACGGCAUCGCCAUCAAGCAGGAGGAGCCGUGCGGCGCGGAAGACCCGGAGGGCCCGGUCCCCCCGGAGCCAGCGGGCGAGUGCUCGGGGGACCCCGGGGAGCCGGGGGCCGGCUGGGAGGACCCGGCCGGGCCGGACCCCGCGGCGGGGGCCGAGCCGGAGGAGCCCCCCCGCCCGGCGGGCGGGAGGGCCGGCCAGGGUCUGCGGCCCAAGAGAGGCCCGAGGAGCCCCCCGCCCGCCGCCGGCCCCUACGAGUGCUCAGAGUGCGAGAUCAGCUUCCGCUACAAGCAGCAGUUGGCCGGCCACCGCCAGGCCCACCCGGGCUGGGACCCCGCCGAGGCCCCGGAGGAGGAGGAGGAGGAGGAGGAAGGUGGGGGCGGGCGUCCCCGGCCCCGCCUCGAGCCACCGGCCAAGAGGGCCCGGCCCCACCGCUGCGAUCAGUGCCUCAAGAGCUUCAGCUGCAAGGCCAGCUUGGCCACCCACCAGCGCAGUCACCCGCGCCAGGGGCCGGGCCAAGGGCCGGGCCUGGGGCCGCCCCGGGCCCCAGAGCGCUUUUCCCCCAACAGCCUGGUGGCACUGCCGGGCCACAUCCCCUGGCGCAAGAGCCGCAGCUCGCUCAUCUGCGGCUACUGCGGCAAGAGCUUCAGCCACCCCUCGGACCUGGUGCGGCACCAGCGCAUCCACACGGGCGAGCGGCCGUACCGCUGCCCCGACUGCGGCAAGGGCUUCGUCCAGAAGCAGCACCUGCUGCAGCACCAGAAGAUCCACCUGCGGGAGCGGGGCGGCCCGCAGCGCGAGCCCGGGGGAGCCCACCCCCUGCUCUAGGCCCUGCUCUGCCGCGGGCUCCGGGAGAGGAAGGCCGGCGGCGAGGGGGGAGACGGACUCGCCCCUCCCUCCCUCCCUCGCUCUGCCAGGCCCGGUCUAGGCUCCGCCCCGCGCUCCGGCACGGGGGAGGGGGCUCCCGGUCACGGAGCGGGUCACCGCGGAGUCUCUGAGCCCCCUCUCUCCCCGGCCCGUGGGCACGGUUGACCCCACGCCUGGAGCCCUCAUCCUGCCCCGGGGCAGAGAGAGGCCAGGUCCUGGGCCCCUGGCACCGGCUGAGCGGACCCCGGGGGAAAACCAGAGCCCAGUGACUUUUGCAAGCCCCGAGGUCGGAGCCGGGGGACCCCCCGGUGGAGGAGUCCCCCAGACGUGGUAGCUCCCUGUUUGGAGCCCUUCUUUUUGGACCUGCUGGUGUUGGUUGGAUUUUUUAAAAUAGCGUUUCCGACCGUUUUGUACCCCUAGGAGCCCAAGAGGUGGUUCCUGGCCCGGCGGGAGCCCUGUGCCUGGGAAUAUUUGGGGAGAGCGAGGGUUUGGGGAUCAGGCCAGACUCCGCUGCCUGCCCCUGGGGGCUGGGGGGGAACGCCAAGACGUAGGCUCCCAGGAGCCCCCGAGGAGAAAGAUGGCAGGGGAUGCGGGGGGGUGGGUUUGCCAACGUGACCGCUUGGGUUUCUGCCUCUGCCCCGAUCACCGUUGCCGCUCCACCGGACCGGAGACUGGCAGAUGAUGCCAGUCUCUGCGUGUCCCCGGGGCUGCCAGCUGCCCCAAGGGAGACCGAGGAAAAUCCCGUGAUCCUCUCCCUCUCAAUGCCCCCCCCUGUGCUCCUCAGCAUUAGACUGGAACUGCCGAGAGGUCUCCCCAUCACCACUCUCUGGGGGUAGGGAAGGUCAGUUCACCUGGGGCACAGGUAUCCCAAGGUGCUCUGCAGUUGACUAGAAUAAAACCUGCCACUAGCAAAGCGUC